ACAUCCUUCUCUUGCGGGUCGGUCUUGCGUCCUCAGCUGCAAGUACAGUGUUGUUGUACGAUAGCUUGACUAAGUGGUCCACAACAUCUCUUGUUUUGUUAUGUUUUGUAUGUGUGCGAGACACUGAUUCAAAUCUGGCAAGGAUUUGAGAAAUGUUUUUGGGAUUUACGCUACUGAUCUAAAGAGUGGAGUCGAGGAGAAGUUACAGACGAAAUAAGCGAUAUUUUAUUCCCACGAAGGAGAGGAUGUGUUCACUUUCAAACCGGUGAUAAGCUACUUCAAUGUUCCUGCACAGCUACCAGGCUAACCUCGGAAAUGUUUUCUGAUGUUUGCAUGUCGCUUGCUAGCGCCAACGACCGUGACUUUUAAAGUCUGCAAAUUCUGAGAAAAAAAAAAAACCGAUACAUUUUGGUUAAAAUUCGCCCUAAACCUCACAUAAUGCUCGAAAUGGGUUAUAUUAAAUGUUUGUGGCUCUACUGUUAGCUUGAGUCCCAGUUUCCUAAAAGAGCAAUAGUUUAGUGUUCACUGUCCGGUCUAGUACUGUUUGCACGCCCCAAAGAGCAUUACGUCUUUUGUUAUUUGUAGUUUGUCUCGUUAGUUGGUGGAGUUUUUGCUGCGUUUUAGGGUUUUAAGGCUUAAACGCUUAGUGGUCGAAAUGGAUACUGGCUGAAAAUAAAUGAAAGGUAACGCUGCCUAAUAGACGUGAGAAUUGGGCAUAUCGUUUGCAUCGGAUUAAUUUCAGUCAGUCAAUCAGUGACGUACUGACGAGAAGGCUAGAUUGAUGGACAUAAGAAAUCGCCCACAUGCUUUGGAUCAGUUCUUGGACUUGUGAAAGGCAUCUGGAGCAGAAGGUGGCAGACUUACAAUCCGGGGGAAGAUGGCGGAGCGCUCCUACAGGCGGUGGUAAAGCCAAAACUUCGGGGCUGUUUGGAUUUAUCCCCGGACAUCUUCGACUAAUUUUUAGGACACAUGCAGGCCAAAAAACGCUACUUAGUUUUGUUCUCUGCCGGCGCUUGUCUUCUUCUGCUGUUUUGUUUCGGGAGCAUUCAAGUCCAACUUUCCAAACGUCGACUAAUCCUGCGUGAUGCGCGGACUCAUCAACCUGGGGCGCGGUGGAGUCGCUCUCCCGGGGUCGUUCAGUCUUUCAGCGACUGGGAUCAGGACAUCAGCGAUGAUGCGAAUGGGCACAUAUCUCCUCGUCAAAAGAGAGAUGCAACUCCUGACAGUUUUUCUGCACAACGGUGCAGAAUGGAGUCCUGCUUUGACUUUUCUCUUUGUGAGAGAAAUGGCUUCAAGGUUUACCUCUAUCCCCAGCAGAAAGGUGAGAAAAUGUCAGAGAGCUAUCAGAACAUUUUGUCAUCUAUUGAAGGCUCCAGGUUCUUUACGCCAGACCCAGGCCAGGCAUGUUUGUUUGUCCUGAGUUUGGACACUCUAGAUAGGGAUCAGCUGUCCCCGCAGUACGUGCACAACCUAAAGGCAAAAGUCCAGAGUCUUCCUCUGUGGAAUGAUGGUAAAAACCACAUCAUCUUCAACUUGUACUCCGGCACCUGGCCUGACUACACGGAAGACCUGGGCUUCGACAUUGGCCUCGCAAUGUUGGCUAAGGCCAGCAUCAGUACAGAGAACUUUCGGCCCAGAUUUGAUGUCUCCAUACCCCUUUUCUCAAAAGAACACCCCAGAACAGGAGGGCAACGAGGUUACCUUAAACAUAACACCAUCCCUCCGUUUAGGAAGUACAUGUUGGUGUUCAAGGGAAAGAGGUAUUUAACUGGAAUAGGGUCUGACACAAGGAAUGCCUUGUAUCAUGUGCAUAACGCAGAGGAUAUGGUCCUUCUCACUACCUGCAAGCACGGGAAGGACUGGCAGAAGCACAAGGAUGCACGCUGUGACAAAGACAAUGCAGAAUAUGACAAGUAUGACUACAGAGAGAUGCUCUACAACUCCACUUUCUGUCUUGUUCCUCGAGGACGUCGGUUGGGUUCUUUUCGCUUUUUAGAGGCAUUGCAGGCAGGUUGUGUUCCUGUGAUGCUCAGUAAUGGCUGGGAGCUGCCUUUCUCAGAGAUCAUUGACUGGAACACUGCAGCUGUGAUUGGUGAUGAAAGGCUGCUUCUUCAGGUUCCUUCAACAGUUCGCUCCAUCCACCCGGAUACAAUUCUCUCCCUGAGACAGCACACCCAAUUCUUGUGGGAGGCCUAUUUCAACUCUGUGGAGAAAAUUGUUUUGACCACAAUGGAGAUAAUCCAGGACCGGGUACUCCACCACGCCUCGAGGAGUAACCUCAUGUGGAACAGUCUGCCCGGAGGUCUUUUCGCCUUGCCCCAGUACUCAACAUACCUUGGGGACUUUCCUUUCUACUACGCUAAGCUUGGUAUUACGACAUAUCCCAAGUUUACAGCUGUCAUUCAUUUGGUGACCCCACUGGUCUCACAGUCCCAACCAGUCAUGAAACUGCUUGCAGCUGUAGCCAAAUCACAGUACUGUGCACAGGUGAUAUUUGUGUGGAACUGUGACAAAUCCCUUCCCGCCAAGCACCGCUGGCCUGUCACCUCAGUUCCUGUCAUUGUAAUAGAGGGUGAAAGGAAGGUUAUUAGCAGCCGCUUCCUGCCAUACGACACCAUCCCCACUGAUGCUGUGCUCAGUCUUGAUGAGGAUACUGUGCUCUCCACCACAGAGGUGGAGUUUGCCUUCACAGUGUGGCAAAGCUUCCCAGACCGUAUCAUUGGCUACCCAGCCCGUAGCCACUUCUGGGAUAGCAACAAACAACGUUGGGGCUACACUUCCAAAUGGACCAAUGACUACUCCAUGGUGCUGACUGGAGCUGCCAUCUAUCACAAAUACUACCACUACCUGUACUCGACAUACCUUCCAGCCAUUCUGAAGACCAUGGUGGACCAGAUGUCAAACUGUGAGGAUAUUCUGAUGAAUUUCCUUGUGUCCUCUGUCACCAAGCUGCCCCCCAUCAAGGUCACACAGAAGAAACAAUACAAGGAAACCAUGAUGGCUCAGAGCUCUCGGGCUUCACGCUGGGCUGACCCGGACCAUUUUGCUCAGCGUCAGACUUGCAUGAACAAGUUUGCCAACUGGUUUGGCACCAUGCCACUGGUUCAUUCUCAGAUGAGACUUGACCCGGUCCUCUUUAAAGACCAGGUGUCUAUACUGAGGAAGAAGUACAGGGACAUAGAGAGGGUAUAACCCUCCAGAGGCCCCCUGCUCUCUGGACAGAACUGAGAAAGAGUGUGAGGGGGUGUCCGUUCCUUAUUUUGCAGAAAUGGAUUGAUGGAGAACCCAAUUAAACUGAAAUGUAGUACCAGAGUGUGCAGCUUCUUGUCCAAUUUAAGGCUCUGAAGGCCCAAGACUUCCUGACCUUGAACUGGAAUCUCCAUAGUCCUUGAAUUUGAUAUCAUCACUCUCCGGACUGCCCCAUCUUUAAACCAACCAAAAUACUGCAGCCCCCUGAAAUUUUUCCCCUCAGUAUAUACUAUGCACACGUUCAUGAACGUUUUUCCUGAUGUUAUAAUGAUCAGCACUCUUGUAGUUGCUGUCUUCUACAGAAGAGGAUAACAUUAUUUUGGAUAUGUUUUCACAGUUCUAGUUGUUUUUUGUUUUUUUGUUUUUUAAAUACAGUGUGCUCCUGCUGUUUCACAAGCAGUGACAGAGUGGGUGAGGAGAGGAUUGACAAGGCCUUCACCACAGUUAAGGAUCGUAUUCUGCACAGUGCCUCAACAUGACCUUUUUUAUGUGGGAGUCGAAAUUAAAAGGUGUGAUCCAAAAUGCGUAUCUUGCUGCUUUUACUUCUAUUUUUUUUUUCAUAAUUGGUGAAACAGUUCUUUAAAUCCUUAUUUACUAACAUAGAAAUACUAUAAUUGGAUUUAAUAUCUAAGAAGCAAAUCUAGUUAUGAUCGAUGUUCUUUGGCAACUUAAGAAUAUUAUUAGCUACCUGCAAGGUUCUGCUAUACUGUAUUCACUCUGUGGCCAAAGAUAUUCACAGCCCAUUUUGCUGAUUUAGCCAGUAAAAUUGAUUCCAUUCAUCAAUAUUGUCGCCAGUGAACAAAGGUACUUGAAUAUAUGCUGGCUUGAACAAUAAUAGGAGAUCAAACUCGUAUGAAGUUUUGAGGGUUUUUUUUCUUUUUUCAAAUAAGCAAUACUGCAUCACAUGUAGUCAUUGACAACCAUAUUUCAGUUAGUCCGCUGACAAAUAUGGAAGUCACUCGGGUCCGCGAGUACUCAAACUGUUUUGUGUUUUGGUUUUAAGAGAGUAACUCAGACUAUACCAACAAGAUAUCUGACUGUGAAGUGUUCGAUGUUACUCGUGUUUCAGCUGACUGCUCAGAACAUUCUAAUUUAUACAAUACCACAUUAAUUGUCAACUUUUGAAAGACUGUUUUUGUGAUUGACUUUAUACCACUGAAAGCAUUUCAUUUAGCACACCAGUUUUAAUACCGGGACAUUUGUAAAUACUCGGACUAGUCCAUAAUUCGAUGAUCUCUUAAAUAUAAUCAGUAGUUUCUGUUAUUUUUGUACAUUUUCGUUUUUUAUGCACUCAACCAAUUUGUGUUGAUGUACCUGUGACUCAAAACUUACACGAUGUACACAAGCUUUCUCUUUGUGCAUUAAGGUGACAUAUCAGAACGGGUAAUGUGACAAAAUAAUUUUACUACUGCAUAAUCAAGAAAAAGUAAAACAAAUGUUUACGAUUUAAGCCAGCUGCACUUCUUAGUUCAUUGGUUUUCGGUCUCCAGAAUGUUAUUGUACUUCAUGAACUUUAACCCUCUCCACUUCACCCCAAUGUGCCAAUAAUUUUUGUUUUUAUAUCACUGAUAAUAUAUGAGGAAUGCCAUGUAUUCCCAUAGUUAUUGGGUUGUUUUUAAUGUUUCUGUGAGAGUGUUCUACUUCAGAGAAUGUGCUAUUUGUUGUUAAGCAACAGUGCUAGUACGUAUUGCCAAACCCAAUGCUAUCAGGAGCAAAGAGAGGUGCAAUAUUAAAGACUAUUUUGUCUUUUUUUCCCCUUCCAUUGUGUUGUUUCAGAGGCUGUUAUAUAUACUGUAUAUAUUAAUGUGCCUUCGUAAAAAAUAUUUUCCUUAAGCCUUUUGGUGUUUGAGCCAGUUACCAUUGGUUUUCAUUUUCUUAAUCAAUAGCCACUCAUGUCUAAAGGCAGUUAUGAAACACUAGAAUGCUCCGAAGCACAUCUGUUACUGACAUUCCAACAUGUUCUUUUUCUUAACAUUUCGUGAUCCUGUGUGAUUGACAGUGACAUAUGCAGUAUACGUACUGCCUUGUACUGUAUUUUAUUUGUGAUACCCAAGUGGUGUCAUACGUCUCCUUAUUUUCUGUUCAUGCAGGGCACAUUAUCGUAAUGCCAUCUUCCCUUUCUUAAAAUGCUACAUUUGUAGACACUGAUACGGUAAGACAGUAAAAAUCCCAUUUUUGUACAAUUUUCUAAAAUAAAGUGCAAAAUCGAGAAAUAAAACUCUUUCAAGAAUG